CAGAUGGCAAGUAGUGGCGAUGUUGGACCAGCUAAUGCAUCUGCAGAGAGUUCUAAGAAUGAUGGAUACGAUCCGUUAAAAGAUCCAAGAAGAAGGCCAAAAUCUAAUGACCCAGGAUGGAAGUACGCCUAUUAUGUUGAACCUGGCAAGCGAGAUUUGAUCCAAUGCGCUCUUUGUCCAAGAAAGAUUAAAGGGGGAAUCAUUAGGGUCAAGCAGCAUGGGAGAAUUCUUAAUGAGAUGAGGAAGUUCACAAAAGGUAUGGACCUUGUGAGGAUGGCUGCUACUAGAUUUGCCACUGCAUUUCUCACCUUGAGGAGUUUACACAAGCAUAAGGAUGCAUUGAGAGCUUUAUUUUCUGGUGAUGUUUUUACUCGUUCCAAAGUGGCUAAAACAGAGGCAGGGAAAAAGGUCUAUGAAAUUAUUUUCUCAACACAAUUCUGGAAUUCAGUUGAGGACUGCCUUAGAGCUUCUUUACCUCUACUUGUUGUGCUAAGAUUGGUAGAUGGUGAUGAGAAGCCUGCCUUGCCUGAGGUGGCAGCAGCUAUGAAUAUAGAAAAACAAAAAAUUUCAGCAUCAUUCUCCACUCAAAACAAGAAAGCUUGUCUCAAUCGCAUCAUGAAAAUUGUUGAGAACCGUUGGGUGAAACAAAUGGAUACUCCUUUGUAUGGAGCAGCACUAUAUUUGAACCCUGGAAAAUUCUACAAGAUGAAAUAG